AUGGAAAUUCCUAUCAGACUGGCUGCCAUGAUGGCCCUGCUGGUGACAGUGACAGCGCAUCCACACAGAAGGCACUGCCACAUGUCCAGAUACAGAUCUGUGUCCCCCAGUGAUAUAAGGGCAGUCAGACGCCUGCACAAUGAACAUGAGAAAAGCCCUUUCAGUGAUGGGAUCAAAUGUUACAGGAAGAUGCUUCGUCAAAAGCCGUCUGUGUGUGACCUGCAGGCAAGUGACAGACUGAUUCUGACUCUGGAGAGAGUGACCUUGGCUGUAGAUGUAUUGACAAACAUGACUGAGUCUCCACUGGCCAAACUCUUAUCCCUGCCACUUACAAUGCUCCUUAGCCUCGAGGAUGAUCUGAAGAUCUGUAGGAAGUCUCCAUUGUACAGUGACCCUCCCUCCGAACAGCUGAUGCCGUGGCUACACCAUCUCAAACAUUUUAGAGAAAAGGUUUCCUCUGAAUGUGUCCAGGAUGCCGUGUUACUCAGCCUAACCCAGCUCCUAAUCGAAGACAUAAUGUGUUGGGCUAAUAAUGAAUAA